AUGUGUCGUUUAGCUGUUGAACAACCACAAACAUUAUCAAAUUAUUCUGUAUCUGAUACUGUAGCAACAUAUUAUUUAUAUACGAAAUAUGUUCAUAUAUUUAUUUUUGCACUUGGAACAAUUAUUCCAAUGAGACCAGAUAAAGUACUUCGAAAAGGUUCUGGAACAUUAUGUGAAACAUUAUUAAUGGUACAAGCAUUUAUGGCUAAUGUUAUUUUUCCAAAUAAACACGAAGAUGAACAGUAUAAAUAUACGAAUGAUGGUCAUUUACUUAUUUCGGAAAUUUAUGUUGGCGCAAGUGUUGAAGCACUUGAAUCAGGUGUUUUUCGUAGUGAUAUACCAUGCCGAUUUAAAAUUGUUCCUGAAACAGUUCAAUAUUUAAUUGAUAAUAUUGAUCGAACACUUCAACAAUCAAUUGAAAUUGAAGAAAAAUUAUCAAUGGAUUUAAUAGAAAAUUUAUCCGAAAUAAAAGAAGAUAUUCUUCAACGAUU